CUUUCUUCUCUUCUUCCCAUCAUCUCGCGCCCUUUCACCCUUGCAUUCCUCAACUCACACCAUUCCCGUUUUUCCAAUGGCUGAAGAUAUUCCUAAAAUUCCUAUGCAUCCUAUUGCUCCUCGAGUCAAGGGUCACCACAAGAAGUCCCAUGUCGGACCUGACCAUCGAGCGUACAGAGACGCUCAUGCUGAGACUGUCGGUCACGAGUCAGAUAAAUGGUGGGCCAAGAUGGCUCGCGAAACCUUGUACUGGCAUCGUCCAUUCCACACCGUCCGCGCAGGGACUUUUGAGACCGGCGACAUCCAAUGGUUCCCUGAGGGCGGUCUGAACGCGUCGUACAACUGCGUCGACCGUUGGGCGUACAAGCACCCCGAAAAGACCGCCAUCAUUUACGAAGCCGACGAACCCAACGAGGGACGCGAUGUCUCGUACUCGGAGCUCCUCCGUGAAGUCUGUCGUAUCGCUAAUGUUCUCAAGUCUUUGGGCGUCAAGAAGGGAGAUACCGUCUCGGUUUACCUUCCCAUGACAUGGCAGGCCGUCGCUGCUUUCCUCGCUUGCGCUCGUAUCGGCGCCGUCCACUCCGUCGUCUUCGCUGGUUUCUCGGCCGAGUCUCUUCGCGAUCGUGUGAUCGACUGCAAGAGCAAAGUCCUUCUCACUUCGGACGAGGGCAAACGUGGAGGAAAGACGAUCGCGACAAAGGCAAUCGUCGAUGCUGCGCUGAAGCAAUGCCCCGAUGUCGAACAUGUUCUGGUGUUGCAGCGUACAGGAGGCGAGAUUGCGUGGACUGAGGGGAGGGAUAAGUGGUGGCAUGAGGAGACGGCCAAGGUACCGAACUACUGCCCACCGGAAAUUAUGGCAUCCGAGGAUCCUCUGUUCAUCCUCUACACCUCCGGGUCGACCGGAAAGCCGAAGGGUGUGGUCCACACUACCGGCGGCUACCUCCUUGGGGCGGCCAUGACCGUCAAGUAUGUCUUCGACGUUCACCCGGAGGACAAGUUUGCGUGUAUGGCCGACAUUGGCUGGAUCACCGGUCAUACUUACAUCGUCUACGGCCCUCUUGCCAACGGUGUCUCCACUACCGUCUUCGAAUCCACUCCCGUCUACCCCACUCCCUCCCGCUACUGGCAAACCGUCGAGAAACACAAACUCACCCAAUUCUACUCCGCACCUACCGCCAUCCGUCUCCUUCGCCGCCUUGGCUCUCAUCACGUCGAGAACCACGACCUCUCAACGCUCCGUGUCCUCGGUAGCGUAGGCGAACCCAUCAAUCCCGAGGCAUGGCACUGGUACAACGACCACGUCGGAAGGAGACAAUGCGCCAUCGUCGAUACGUUCUGGCAGACGGAGACAGGGAGUAUCGUGGUGACGCCGUUCCCUGGGGCCAUCGAGACGAAGCCAGGAAGCGCGACGGUGCCCUUCUUUGGGAUUGAGACGGCGAUCUUAGAUCCUACGACCGGGGAUGAGCUGAAGGGGAAUAAUGUCGAGGGUGUGCUCGUCAUCAAGAACCCUUGGCCGUCUAUUGCUCGCACGGUUUAUCAAGACCACCAGAGGUACCUCGAGACGUAUAUGAAGCCUUACCCGGGCGUGUUCUACACCGGCGACGGCGCGGGACGCGAUGAGCAUGGGUAUAUUUGGAUUAAAGGCCGUGUGGACGAUGUCAUCAACGUGUCCGGACAUAGGUUGAGUACGGCUGAGAUCGAGUCGGCGUUGAUCUUGCAUCCCGGUGUUGCUGAGACUGCUGUUAUUGGUUCUGCGGAUGAGCUGACCGGUCAAGCCGUCUUCGCAUUCGUCACUCUCAAACCUGAAUUCAAACACGACCCCUCCGACGAAUCCGCGCUCACGAAAGAACUCACCAUCCAAGUCCGCAAAGUCAUCGGACCCUUCGCGGCGCCGAAGAAAGUGUACAUCGUGGGCGACCUUCCGAAGACCCGUUCGGGGAAGAUCAUGAGAAGGAUCAUGAGGAAGAUCGUCGCGGGUGAGGCGGAUCAGUUGGGCGAUCUGAGUACUUUGGCGGAUCCGAGUGUGGUGGAGGUUAUUAAGGCGAAGGUCGCGGAGUCGUCGUGAGUUGUGAGUCGUGGGAUGGUUGAGUGCUGAGGGGUGAGGGGUGAGGGGGCGGGCUAUGAUAGACUCUUUGUCCUUUGUCUCAUGUCUUCGUUCCAUGCUAUAUGUUUUAUGUCUUAAUUUCUCUUUGUCUGGGGCUUUGGGCGCGCAGGGGAUCAAAUCGGGGAAGGAAGGAGUUCGGCGGCUUCGUGGCUUCGUACGUUGAUCGUAAGCUUGUGUAGUGUAUGAUAUAGCGGUAUAUUUGUAGCGCAAAUUAUAUAUAUGUCUUGUCUCUUUCUCCC